CAAAGCAACAGUCCGAGCAGCUUUCGGAAUGACAGUCUGCAGAAGUGAGCUGAGCGUGUGCACGGUACGGGGCUCUCCUGCCUUCCGGGCUCCAAUGCAGCGCUGUGGCUGAAGUGGGUGCUCGCCACCAGAAAUGCUGGGCUAUGGGAUACAGAUGUGGCAGCUCAGGUAGCCUCACGUUGCCUGGAGGAAUACAUCUUGCUUUCCGAUAAGAAGAAAUUGUAGAAGCCAGUUUUUUUUUUUUUUUUUUACACCGCCCCCCCCACAAAAAAACUGUAAAGAUGCAAAAACGUAAUAUUCAUGAAGAUCCUAUUACCUAGGAAGAUUUUGAUGUUUUGCUGCAAAUGCGGUGUUGGGAUUUAUUUGUUCUUGGAGUGUUCUGCGUGGCUGGCAAAGAAUAAUGUUCCAAAAUCGGUCCAUCUCCCAAGGGGUCCAAUUUUUCUUCCUGGGUGUCAGCGAGCCCUGACUCACUACAGUGCAGCUGACAGGGGCUGUCAUGCAAGUGGCCCCCUAAGCCAAAGCAAAGACCUAAGGACGACCUUUGAACAAUACAAAGGAUGGGUUUCAAUGUAAUUAGGCUACUGAGCGGAUCAGCUGUAGCACUGGUUAUAGCCCCCACUGUCUUACUGACAAUGCUUUCUUCUGCCGAACGAGGAUGCCCUAAGGGCUGUAGGUGUGAAGGCAAAAUGGUAUAUUGUGAAUCUCAGAAAUUACAGGAGAUACCCUCAAGUAUAUCUGCUGGUUGCUUAGGUUUGUCCCUUCGCUAUAACAGCCUUCAAAAACUUAAGUAUAAUCAAUUUAAAGGGCUCAACCAGCUCACCUGGCUGUACCUUGACCAUAACCACAUCAGCAAUAUUGAUGAGAAUGCUUUUAAUGGAAUACGCAGACUCAAAGAGUUGAUUCUGAGUUCCAACAGAAUCUCCUAUUUUCUCAACAAUACCUUCAGACCUGUGACAAAUUUACGGAACUUGGACCUGUCCUAUAAUCAGCUGCAUUCUCUGGGAUCUGAACAGUUUCGGGGUCUGCGAAAGCUGCUGAGUUUACAUUUACGAUCUAAUUCCCUGAGAAACAUCCCCGUGCGAAUAUUCCAAGACUGCCGCAACCUGGAACUUUUGGACCUGGGAUAUAACCGGAUCCGAAGUUUAGCCAGGAAUGUCUUUGCAGGCAUGAUCAGACUCAAAGAACUUCACCUGGAGCACAAUCAAUUUUCUAAGCUCAAUCUGGCCCUUUUUCCAAGGUUGGUGAGCCUUCAGAACCUUUACUUGCAGUGGAAUAAAAUCAGUGUCAUAGGACAGACCAUGUCCUGGACCUGGAGUUCAUUACAAAGGCUUGAUUUAUCAGGCAAUGAGAUCGAAGCUUUUAGUGGACCUAGUGUUUUCCAGUGUGUCCCAAAUCUGCAGCGCCUCAACCUGGAUUCCAACAAGCUCACAUUUAUUGGUCAAGAGAUUUUGGAUUCUUGGAUAUCCCUCAAUGACAUCAGUCUUGCCGGGAAUAUAUGGGAAUGCAGCAGAAAUAUCUGUUCCCUGGUAAACUGGCUGAAAAAUUUUAAAGGACUGAGGGAGAAUACAAUUAUCUGUGCCAGUCCCAAAGAGCUGCAAGGAGUAAAUGUUAUCGAUGCAGUGAAGAACUACAGCAUCUGUGGCAAAAGUACCACGGAGAGGUUUGAUCUGGCCAGGGCUCUCCCAAAGCCGACAUUUAAGCCCAAGCUCCCCAGGCCGAAGCAUGAGAGCAAACCCCCUUUGCCCCCCACAGUGGGAGCCACGGAGCCUGGCCCAGAGACCGAUGCUGACACUGAGCACAUCUCUUUCCAUAAAAUCAUCGCAGGGAGCGUGGCCCUUUUCCUGUCUGUGCUCGUCAUCCUUCUUGUUAUCUAUGUGUCGUGGAAGCGGUACCCUGCCAGCAUGAAGCAGCUGCAGCAGCGCUCCCUCAUGCGAAGGCACAGGAAAAAGAAAAGACAGUCCCUAAAGCAAAUGACUCCCAGCACGCAGGAAUUUUAUGUAGAUUAUAAACCCACCAACACGGAGACCAGCGAGAUGCUGCUGAAUGGGACGGGACCCUGCACCUAUAACAAAUCGGGCUCCAGGGAGUGUGAGAUACCUUUAUCAAUGAAUGUGUCAACUUUUCUGGCAUACGACCAGCCCACAAUAAGUUACUGUGGGGUGCAUCAUGAACUUCUCUCUCAUAAAUCCUUUGAAACGAAUGCACAGGAAGAUACGAUGGAAACACACCUAGAGACUGAGCUGGACCUGAGCACAAUCACAACAGCUGGCCGAAUCAGUGACCAUAAACAGCAGCUGGCUUAACUGAGCUAAUUGGUAACCAUGGGUUGCCAUCAAACUUUGUAACCUCAAGGACAAAAUGAGGAGGAUUUGUUCAUUGUGGACUCUAAAAACAAAAGAAAACAAUCCCCUGUUAAAAUAAACAAAAAUCCAAGAUUGAUUCAUGAAAUAAAGAAGACAUGAAUUGUUUCAACUCUACACUUUAUAAUUAGCUAAGUUGUGCAGUAUUUUUUUGACUUAGAGUAUGACCCUGAAAAAAAAAUCUUUUUUCUCAAAACUCAUCCUACCUGUAAAAACUGUACAGAGCUAAUGUAUUUUUCAUAUUGUAAAGUUUCAAUUAUAGAAACAACUCGUAUGUACAGUACCAUAAUUUAAUUACAUUUUACUUUACACACUUUAUGUAUUUCAGUUUCUAAAAUUUUAAAUUAACAAAAAUUAUUUCUUGUGUUAUUCAGAGUUACUCAGUUUUGUAGGGACUGUUUUGUUACUGCUUUUGUGCCCAGGAACCUUGACUCUCAAAUUAUGUGCUGUGCAAAACAUGCACGAUUUUUAUCAUGCUUACUGUGUAGAAUUUUAUCUACUUGGUCCAGAAAUAAUACAUUAACCAAAAAGGGUUUGUUGAGACUUAUAAGAAGUUCUUCAAUUACAUAGACAGGUCUUUCUUAUAAACGAAAAAAAUCAAAGAUUUUUUAACACUUCUCAGACUUAACUGUUGCCUUGAAUUACAGCCUAGUUUCUAAGCAGUGAAAUGUAAUGAUAAAGAGGGAUAUUUUAACAACGUAUUUCUGAAUGAAUGACUCAUUAUUUCAUUCUUUUGAGUAACCCAUUGUUAAGGGUGGGGGGAAGCAUGGACAAAACAUCACUGGAAACAAAGGCCGUAACCACAGCAACAGAGUUUGAUAUACUUAAAAGGUGCAGCUGCCAGUGACAAAGAAAAACUCUGUUACAUCUCAUUACUUCAGGCCAAGGUGGGAGAAUAAAGCAUAAUAAUUGUACAGUAGUAAUUUCUCUUAAUUAACCCAACGUGGUUUACCUAAAAAUAACCAUCAGUGCAAAAUGUGCCUGGUUUUAAGACAAUUUCCCAUUUAGAAUGGUGAGGCUAUAUUUUAGCAACAUCUCAAAGGAAAUAUAUGAAAAUUUUCACUUUGUGUGCUACAUCAAUUUUCUCCUGGGAGAGAACUCUUAAAACAUCUACAGCUGAUUCAAUACAGAUAUGAGCCAUGGUGGAACUUUAUCAUGCAAGUAGACUGUAAACAUCCUUAAUAUGUUCUAAAUUGUUUAUAUUGCUAUCCAUAAUGAGAUUCACCUCCAAAUUAUCUGAAAAAUAAUCCAGAGUAAUUUGAAACCACCCCAGAUCAUAUAUGGAUUAUGCAAUUGUAUUAUAAAGUUAAUUCAAUCAAAUUAUGAAAACCCGACUUUUCAGAGGCUGAAAUAAUCAACUUGUUUGUUGUUUGCUUGACACAGGUUACUGUUUGAAAAUAUUGUUAUUUUAUCUAUGGUAUUCACACAUUCUUUUGUGUUUUUUUUUAAAUAUAAAACUGCAAGUUUCAAUUGCUGUUACACUAGAAGUGCUUUUUUUAUGUUGUCAUUUUUAAUUCAUGACAUCAAAAAUAGGUUGAGAGUAUGUCAAUCUAAUAGGGAUCAAACACAGUCAAAAACAAUGAAGAAAAGAAUUUGUGAAAACCAAUGUCAAACUUUCAAUUUUUUAUUUCUUCCAAAGAAAAUCAAAAGUGUAGUUUUAUGCAGGUUUAUCAUGGCAAAUUUAAGAACAGGUUCAAAGAGAAUGGAUUAAAAAAAUCAAGAGCAAAUUUUUGUUGAAAAUAUACUGUCAGAAGGGAAAAAAACAAAAUGUUGGAAGAGCAAACUCUUACUAAUUUAAAUGAAACUAAAUGUCACAGUACUUGUAUCAACUAUCUAGCAUUCCAGAUUUUGUAACAUAUUUUGCAUAAAUUAUUUGCUAUUCAGAAAAUUGUCAUUUUUAGUUUAAUUUUAAUCUCUUUUUUCCAAUUUCUAAUUUCCUUGCACUGUAUUAUUGUCAGAGUAUUCUUAAUCCUCUACACUGAUAUUUUGCUUUGCAGUUAGCAAAUCUAUAGAGGGUUAAUUAUAAAUCUAUUAUGUGUGGAUCUGAAAUCUGAUGCAAAAUUUUAUUUAUUAUGUAAACCAAAAUGUCAUUUGCAAUUUUUUCUCAUAGAAGUUGUCCUUGCAAAGAUUCAAAUAUCUUUUAAUUUGUGUAAAUAAGCAUUUUAUAUCUUCUCUUUCCAGACAUUUUCAAACUGACAAAUGAUUUUUAGAAAUUUUAAAGGUUCCAGGGAGCCUCACAAAUAUAUGCCCUUUAUUUCCUGAAGCAAACUGCUUUCUUUCUUAAACAUUUUAAGUUCCUCUGAAGUGAACAACUAUAAAUAGAAGCAGUCACCUUGGAACCAGGUGCAUGGGAGGUCUUAGCUCUGUGCAUCGGAGGACUUAUUACGUACAUUAAGAGCCAAAUAAACUAAGAAUUCUGGUAUUUGUCAUAUUUGAAAUUAAACCCAAAGGAUCUUUAACAGGAAAAAGAAAAAAAAAGAUGCUAAGUUACUUGUUUGCUUAAUUUUUAUUCUGCCAUGUCCCGGGGUGUGGGGGCUUUGGGGAAAUGAAAACCUGUUAGAGGAGACUGUGUCUGGAAUCUUUAGCAUACAUUUGCAAUUUAUAUAUUUGUGUCUAAAAUCCCUAUUUCUAACCUGUCUUUUUCAGAAUUCAGUAAUCUCCCAUUUCCUCUUUCUAACCACCCCAUGUCUUCCUUCCUGUGUACUUCUCACCUCUUUAAACAACUGAAAUGUUUCUAUGUUUGGAGUUGAAAAAUGCAGUUCAGCCCAACAUGGUUACAAUAACAGCGGUAGCUACAGCAAACACAUUUAUGCGGUGUUUUGAAGCUUACAAACCACAUUCCACAUAAAUUAUCUCAUUUUGCCUUCAUAACCAAUCUAUGAAGAUACAUUAAUACCAAAGAAGUUGAGACUUGCCCAAGAACACAGGGUUAAUAAUUGGUGGAGUUGAACUACUCUCAAAAUUCAGACCCUAUUAGUCUUUCCACUAUACUAAAAGCCUUCCCUCUCUGAUCAGGGCCAGAGAAUUUCCAGAUAGUAAAUAGAAUGAAAAAAUGUUUGACAUGUUGUUUAGUAAUCCCCAAUUUAACUCAGUUCCUCUAUCUGUAUAAUAUAUGGGCUAAAUGGACUCUUUCUGUGUGCUACUCUGGGCUCUCACAUUAAAACUCUUUUUUUUUUUUUUUUCUUUUUUUUUUUUUUUUACAGUACGCGGGCCUCUCACUGUUGUGGCCUCUCCCGUUGCGGAGCACAGGCUUCAGAUGCGCAGGCUCAGCGGCCAUGGCUCACGGGCCUAGCCGCUCCGCGGCAUGUGGGAUCUUCCCGGACCGGGGCACGAACCCGUGUCCCCCGCAUCGGCAGGCAGACUCUCAACCACUGCGCCGCCAGGGAAGCCCAUAUUAAAACUCUUUAUUCAAAAAGUAUAACAAGUCAUAAAUUUCUUAACAAAUCAUAUCAUUUGUAAAUGUGUAGAACUGUUGCUUCCAAGAAGUGGAUGUAUAUAGGCCCCAAGGUCCAGAAUAAAUUUGAGAAGCACAAAAAAAAAAACCCAAAACACACAAAAAAACAAAGAUCACCAAAAUCGAGAUUAUGCAUAGAGUUAUAAAACAGAUUCACAGUGUGAGGUUGAACAUAUGUUUAACACAUGUUCAACUGAACACACAUUCAAUUCAGAGCUAAUUGGAAAAACCUUUGUAAUUUUAUUUUUUUCCUUUUUUGUUUCAGCAAAAGUACUUAUUGAACCAUGAAUUCUUACAUCUAUCUUAAUAGAGAAUAAUUUUCUCUAUUCUCCUUCCAAUAAAAAUGAAAUGUAAUUCAUCCAAACUGAUGUACAGAUGCAAAAACAUAUGCUAAUAAGCAAAUAAUAUUUUUGAUCAGCUCAUUUUAUCAAGUCUCUAUCCCUACUCCCAAAACCACAAAAUCAGACAGAUUUUAAUAUAAAUUAUAUUUUUAGAAGGAAAGAGAACUUGCCCAAAUUUAACGUCCAAGACAAAUGACAUAAUCCUGACUUGAAAUCAGAUCAGUAUGACUCCACAAACUGCUUAGAAAUAGAAUCUUUUUUUCAAAAACAUUUUCUGAAAUAAAACCACUGUAUAUGAGAUUAAGAAUAUAUGUUUUUCUCUGCUCCUGACUGGAAGACAGUUAUCAUCUCUCAAACUCAACAUUAAAAAUAAGUAAAGGGCUUCCCUGGUGGCACAGUGGUUGAGAGUCCGCCUGCCGAUGCAGGGGACACGGGUUCGUGCCCCGGUCCGGGAAGAUCCCACAUGCUGUGGAGCAGCUGGGCCCGUGAGCCAUGGCCACUGAGCCUGCGCGUCCAGAGCCUGUGCUCUGCAAGGGGAGAGGCCACAGCAGUGAGAGGCCCACGUACCGCAAAAAAAAAAAAAAAAAAAAAAGAAGUAAAGAAACUGCAAGCAUGAAAACAGGUACCUGAUGUGAAUGAUUAGUAGUAAGCUGGAAGAAAGAAAAUCAGAUGUAGAUUUUCUGCUGGGUAGAUGGUAGCCAAUGAAGGAAAAAGUAACGGAACCAGCAGAUAUUCAGCCUCAGGAAAAAGGAUAAGAAAUCUCUAGAGUAGACAUAAUAACAUCUUACAGUGGCAUAGCUCUUAACAGUUUAUCAGUCAGGGUAAUGGUAUAACCACCUCGUAACACAUAAAAAGUCCCGAGGUCCAGAUGGGUUGAUUAUACAGUAAGAAAUCCAGAUAUGUUAGUCUUGCAGUAAGUAAGAGCCUCCAACUACUUUUAUUACCUUCUCAACUCACCACAGCUGUCCCUAACUAGAGAGGUACUAAAGGCAGAGGAUCCAGGGUCAAGGCUUUCAAAACUCUGACAUACCCACAAGGGUGGAGUAGACUGACAAUCAGCAAUUGUGCUUCAUUUUAGUAUCAAGUGUAAUGGGGAAGAAAUAGUUGAAAAUUUAAAAAAUAUAUACCAAACGGUGAUAGGUUAUUUGUAAAGAUCUCUCACGGCUUACAUAAUGAUUUUAUUAUGAGAUAAGAGGCUUAUAUGUAACAUUUUUAAGUUAGGGUAAAAUUGGUGUUUAAAAAAGUCCACAGUUGAUUAUUUACCUUUCUAUUAAAGACAGUGACCUUAAAGCAAAAGAGUGCCUCAGCCAUGUAGGACUUAGAGCACUCUUGAAUUUCUUCCUCCUUUCUCCCAUCUAUUUAUAGAUUUUCUUUUAUAUGAUAUAUAUCUUCCCAAAAAAUUAAGUGAAAUUUUAUUUUGUAUAAAUCAAAUAAUAUUUCAAAUACAUUAAGGGACUAUAUGAUAAAGGAUCCUUGAAGUAAAUCCUUCUUGUUUUCUCAUCUGAAACACCACUCACUAAUUUAUCUUUUGUAAACUGAUUUACACAUAUCUUGUGUUGCAUAAUGCAGCACACGGCCUUAAAGGUUCUAUGGUGCAGUCUUUACCUCAGACUGUAUAAAAGAAAGGACUCUCUAGUUUUGAGCAGGUCUAUAGACACUAGAGUGAUCAUUUUCAGUCAGUUUCAGUUAGGGAAGUUAUUUAUCUGGACUAAUACGAAAAAUACUAUUAAAAUAAUACGAAUGGAUAAAGUUGACAAGUUACAUUUUUUCUAGUUAUUGGUUUAAACUAUUGUCACCUAUAAUAGCGUCAAAGCUACUAUUAAGAAAUCAAAAUGAACCCAAAUCCCUUGGAUCCAUACUAGAUUUACUGAGUCAGAAUCUCUGGACCUAAUCUCUAAGGCAUGCUAAAUUUUGCAAAAUAUUAUUCAGAUGAAUUUACUUUUGCCAAGCCAUUCAAUUGUUUUUUAUUCUAGCCUAAAAUUCUUGUGCUUUCCUAUUCCAAUGUGAAUCUAGUUUGCUAAGCCUGGAUGAACAUUUUUCUUGAUUAGAAGAAUGUGCAACAAAGGACAACUAUACAUAAAAUGGUCAGGUUUUCCUGAUAAACUGUUAUUUAUAGAUUUUGCUCCCCACUAGCUCUUUCAACAGAAAUCUCUGAAAACUAUCUUAAAUCAGCUGGGUUAUUCACUUAUUACUUGCUUUCAUGGAUAAUAAUAUAACUGUUGAAAAGCUGGAGGUGGGGAGAGAAGAAGGACUAAUUUAUGAUGUAACAGGCAUUGUGUUGUCCUCAUUUCAUUCUCAAACCAUCUUAGGAAACAGGUAUAACCACCAUUUUAAAAAAAGGAAAAUAAGAAUCAUGGUAGCUGAAUAAUUUGCCAAGGCUUAUAUAGUAGAGUUGGGGAUUCAAAUCCAGUGCUCCUGACUCUAAGGAUGUGCUCCUACCACCCAAUAGCACAUUUUCAAAUGUUAACAAAGACCACAAUCAAUAUAAUUAGGCUCAUAUAUUUUAAUAAGGGGUGUGGAGACAGGAGGAAAAGAAUGUACUUUCCUAUUCCUAAACAGAAAAAUUACAUAAGCUAUUUCACACUGUGUAGAGAUUUCCUUCAAUAUCCCAAGUCCACAACUUAAUGGAAAGAAAUAUCUGUUAUUUUCUUGAAGUUUUAUACAUUGUUUCCUAAAAAGCAUGAACAUUUGAAAGAAAAAAUCCUUCAAAUAAUAAAUACUCCUAGGGCUUCCCUGGUGGCGCAGUGGUUGCGAGUCCGCCUGCCGAUGCAGGGGACACGGGUUCGUGCCCCAGUCCGGGAAGAUCCCACAUGCUGCGGAGCGGCUGGGCCCGUGAGCCAUGGCUGCUGAGCCUGCACAUCCGGAGCCUGUGCUCCACGAUGGGAGAGGCCCGCAUACCGCAAAAAUAAAUAAAUACUCAUGUUUUAUUUUCAUUUCCAAUUUUUCUAGCAUAUUAUAAACUUAUGACAAAAACAUGAUAAGUAGAUAUCCAUAAUAUAAACUUCAACUGGCCAAAGAUGGAGGGAAGGUUGUCUAUUGAAGCAAAAACUAUAUAGACAGUCAAUAAAGUAACGAGUGCAAUGACAAUGUGAAAAAAGACCAAUCAUCUACAGUCAGAAAAUGUUGACUGGCAAUGACAUGGCUUAGGUUGCAGAAUAUUUCCUUUGAUGAUUUUAUGUGGGGAUAUUUUUUGUAGAAGUAUCAUUACUUACACAAAUGAUAUGGGAUCUAGGAGCAUGUUACAUAAAGGAGGCAGGAAGAUAACCGCUAUAACAAUGUACAUUCUGCUUGUCCUGUUACUCAGAACAUAUUCAAUAAUAUAUAGUUUAAAUUAAAAAUAAAUAUAAUUUUCCUUGUGAAGGUAAUACAAAUGUUUUUAUCAUUAUGUGCAGGUGGCCAAAUAAUUUUUUUUACAUUUAUUUUUAAAUUCACAUCAUCAAAUAAAUCUUCCUUAGUUUCAGCUAUUAACAAAUGAUUAUUAAAUAGUGGUUACUGGGCUUCCCUGGUGGUGCAGUGGUUGAGAGUCCGCCUGCCGAUGCAGGGGACAUGGGUUCGUGCCCCGGUCUGGGAGGAUCCCACAUGCCGCGGAGCACCUGGGCCCAUAAGCCAUGGCCGUUGAGCCUGCGCGUCCGGAGCCUGUGCUCCGCAACGGGAGAGGCCACAACAGUGAGAGGCCCGCGUACCGCAAAAAAAACAAAACAAACAACAACAAAAAUAGUGGUUACUGUUGAUUCCAUUAGUGUCUCUAGGAGCAUUUUAUUAAACCACAGGACUAACAAUCUCUCCUAUUUCUCCCUGAACUUGCACAAGCCCAAGGUAAUAUAAUUGGGAAGUUACAUUAUCAUUUUACUCCAUCACACUAUCUGAAUAUGUAACAUCCAUGUAAAAAACAGUUUUUAAUAAUCCACAUGGGAUUCAAGAGCCAGUAAAAUACUCUGUAAGUCAAAAUUCUACUAAAAAUUGCCACUACUACAACUGUGAUAAAACUAUAUGCUAUAAAUUUAAAACAAUUAAUAAAUCCAGCAAAGAAAGAAGCUCUAGCAUCCUGAAUCUAAUAUCAUUACAUCUGUUCAUCCUGGCACCACGACCACCAUACAGAAAUUAUAACUGAAAUAUCUAAAGUAAUUCUGAUUUGGAACAACAAAGUUGCUCCUUGUAUCUGGGUUGAAGAUGUGAUAAAGGACAAUGAAGAAGACAAAAAAUACUACAUAUACCGAGAGGUAGGUAAAAGAAAUGUGAUUUAUUCUCAUUAGAUAGCCUGCAAGUAAUUUUAAAAUUUAAGACUAAUAAUUAAAAUUUACAAUAACAUUUAUGUCAUCAAAUGUCAUCAGUAAAAACCAAUAUUGACAUUAGGGACAUAAAAACAAGCAGAUAUUUGUGAUGGCAAUACAUAUUAAAUAGAUAGACAGAAUUAAUUCUACUGAAAGAGAAAAUACUAAGGAUAAAAAAUACUUUAACUAUCACUAUUAUUUCUCCAGAGAAAAACUGCAAAGUCAGAAUAAAAGAUUCAAACUAAAUACCAAAUGCUCUUUUCAAGAUCCAUUUUGAAAUAGCCCAAAUAUAAGCUGCUUUUAACCAUGAGUAAUUACAUUAAUUCAUAAAUACCUAGUCAGAUUCUGAUGUUGAGAAAUGAACUGUGUUUUAAAUAUACUCCAUCUGUGCUUACUGUUUUACAUCAAUGAUAUAUUUGCUUUCAAUUACAGAUACAUAAAGACAAUGUCCUAAACAGUCUGAUGAAAACAUGGUGAAAGACUGGAUCAACCCUAUUCGUUCUGCUCUACUAUAACGCAAUUACUGGAAUAGCAUGUCCACCGCAGUCGGAAGCUGGAAAUAUGGUUUCUAAAGUCCUCUCUAGCAGUUCUUGACCAAGACACUUGUAAUAUUCAUUAUCUAUGGGUGUUAUUUUAUAUUCAUUUAUAAAAUAAGGAAAUUAUUGCCUUGAGACAAGAGCCUAGAGACCCAUCCCAGCUCUACUGUGACUACAUUUAUAACAAAGAGGUCUAAGGAAAGACACUGAAUAUCUCUGAACUUCAGCUAUCUGGAGAAAAACCUGAGAUCUUUGUGAGGUGGACAGUUUUUCACCUUUGGAUUUGAUGAAAUCUUAAGAUCAGUGUACUGGACAUCCUUCAAAACUCUUUGCCAGUUCUUCCUUAACAAACUCCAAACUUGAGUUUCUUGAACCACUGUUGGAUUUUAGACAUGCCUAUUUCACAAUGAACCCUUGUCGUACUUCAUCAUUUUCUGGAAGAAUAACAUAAGGCUGGGGUAGUAGCCCUUAUUAAUGUUUUCCUUGCAUUUGAUUCCAGUUAUGGAACAAAAAUGUGUGAACUAAUAUGACACCUUGGUACUACCAUAAAGGGAUAGGAAGAAGUGUCUUUUAACAGAUAAAUACUUUAAGUAAUAUAAAACAUGUAGUUUGGGGUCACUUCUUUUAAAUUUAAUAAUCAAAUAUAGAUUUCAGAUAAGUAUAUGCCUUCAAGCUACUCUGAAUAUAAACAUAAUUCUCUACAAUGAUGACAUAGUUUUAUUGUCAUAUACUUUCACUUUCUGAGGGCAGACAAUUGACUGUGCUCUAUAAUUGCCACCAGAAUUUAAUUAUUUCCAGAAAUAAUGACUUAGUACUAAGCACUUUAAAACAAAAUGAUAAUAAUUAACACUUAAUGUUUACUUUUCUAAACAUUUUACUUGUAUUAAUUCAUUUAAUACUCAUUAAUAUGGUUAACAGGAUUAAUAAUAACCCUAUAAAGUAAGUACUAUUGUUAUCCCUUAAGAAGAUAAGGAAAAUGAUGAUCAAAGUGACUAUGUAUUGAUAACAUACAGCUUCUUAACUGUGGAACAAGAAUUAAAAUUCAGAUGAUAUACAGACAAACUAACCCCUACCAACUGCCCAUUUAAAGUCCGCUUCAUAAGCCAAAUACUUAAAAUUCUAUUCACUUAAGGCUACAACUGAAGACAUCAAUAUAAUGGAUGUGUUUAUUAGAUAACCAAUAUAUGUCAAGUGGAAAGCAAGAAUCUUCGAGAGAUAUAAAAAAGUAUACGAUAUAGUCCUCGUUCUCAAGGGACUUAUAGUCUCAGCAAAGAGAAAAGGCAUUCAUAUUAAGGAAAAAAAAAAAAUCAAGCUAAAUUGAAUACCUGUAAGUGCAGACGGCAAUCAGAAGAUGAAAUCAAAGUUAGCAGAGUUGUUGGGGAUAAUUCUGGGCAAAAGUGAGAACUGAGAUAGAAAUAUAGAAUGUAAGACUAACAGUAUGCAGAUGGGUAAAAUGAAGAGAGGGAAGUGAAGAAAGAACAUUGUGUUUUUAUUUAUGUACAUUUGUUACUCCAGUAGUAUUUGUUAGAGUCGUGCUUGUCUGGCAUAGAAACACCCAACUCAAUUUUUGUCCUGAUUGCCUAAAAGUUCGGACCCAAAUUUUACUCUGGCCACAGCAAACUUGUGGCCUUUCUAGAUGGACAUAAAUAUUUCCCAACUUUUCCUCAACUCUAUUUCUCUUUAUAUUGCUAUUUAUUCACUGUAUUUUAUUUUUCUUUGGGGCGGGGAGGUGUUAAAUAGUAUUAAUCCUUUGUGGAAAAUGUUAUAUCUGUUUCAUUAAAAUGUUCGUAACGCAUUUGGAAGACUGAUUCAGACAACUUUAUUAAUUUAAAAUAAUUAUGUGAAUUAAAUCAAAUAAUUUCUUAGAAGCUAAUAAUUAUAACAUCCUCAAAUUACUGUUCGGCAUCAGGUAAAAAAAUGGCCUACAAAUUGACUGACUUUUUCCUUUUACAACCUCUUCAGUCUUUAUGUUAACCUUGGUAAAUAUUAACCAUAAUUUUUAUUCCAAAAAGUAAACACAACUUUUACUUUUGAUUGCUCCAUUUCACAAAUAAAGAAACUAAAGUAGAAUAUGAUUAAAGGUCAUGAUCAAAAUCACUUUGGUAACAGAAAACAGACCCACUAAUAGAAUUCAUAUUUACUCAAUAUUAAUUUUCACUACAGUAAAAUAUUUCAUGAACACAUCAAAAUUUAACAAAAUAAGCAGAAUUAUUUCUGCCUUAAAAGUACAGACAGGGCUCCCCUGGUGGUGCAGCGGUUGAGAAUCUGCCUGCUAAUGCAGGGGACACGGGUUCGAGCCCUGGUCUGGGAGGAUCCCACAUGCUGUGGAGCAACUGGGCCCGUGAACCACAACUACUGAGCCUGCACGUCUGGAGCUUGUGCUCCGCAACGAGAGGCCGCGAUAUUGAGAGGCCCGUGCACCGCGAUGAAGAGUGGCCCCCGCUUGCCACAACUACAGAAAGCCCUCGCACAGAAACGAAGAUCCAACACAGCAAAAAUAAACUAAUUAAUUAAUAAACUCCUACCCCCAACAUCUUAAAAAAAAAAGUACAGACAACUGUCAAUGAAGUUGUUACAUUUAAAAAGUGCAAAUGAGGUUGAGAAACAUUCUCUAUCAAAUUUUGCUUAUCAUUUGGACUAUUAACUUGCAGCUAUCUCUGUGGCCACUGAUAGUUAUAAAUUUUCAUUCACAGGUAUUUAUUCUGAGUGCCUGUUCUUUUCUAUAGGGAUUAUGCUUUAUAUCAAUUACUUUGGGAUUUUUAAUUCAAUUCAAUCAAAUAAGUAUUUAUUCAGCUUUUACUAUAACAUGCAAGGACUAAGAUAGGUGAUAAAGUGACCAAAUGCUUAAAAGUGAAUAAAUAAUUGCAAUUCGGUGUGAUAUUUCUAAAAAUGAAGUAUAUGCAUGAUGCUAUAGGAUUGAUGGAGAAAGAAUAAUUAAUUUUGCUGGAAGAAAAUCUGAAAAGUCCUCAAAGUAAAUGCCAUUUGAGACUCUGGAUUCUCAAGUUUGCCAGUCACACAACUCAUACCUGUCCUGCAGGAUCCACUCCCCACUCCUAAUGAAAGUUGGGAGGUAUUUUAGAUGUUUAUGAGUAUUACCUUCUAGAAAUCUAGAACUCUGAUAGUUUCUGAGUCUAGUAUUUUCCUCAGAUAGUUAGCUACUCCGUUUCUUUCCAUGUAUAAAUACUAAGGAAGAUUUUUAAAAAUUUUCCCCUUCCACAAUCUUCUAAAUUUAAUCCUUCAAUCAGAAGUAUUCAAUUUAGCCAUUCCAUGGUAAAUUCAGGACAUAUGAAUUUUGUUAAAUAAUAAGUAAAUAAGUGUAAUGGAUUGUCAGAUGUUUUUAUUUUGCUUUGUUUUAACAUGCCCCAUGCAAAUCCAGUGUGUGUGUGUCAAAAAGGCUAUAUUGCAGUUCUAACCUCAGGAAUAUGUGAAAAAAUGUAGAAGAGGUAUAUUUGCCUGUGCAAUUUAAAUGUUCACCACUUACUGGUUAUGACAUGACUGAUAUUAAAGUCAAUGAGAAUUAGGUUAUAAAUAGGGUCUUUUCUAUUCUAUUCUAUCAAACAAUUCUUUUAGAAAGUGAAAAAUAUUAGUAAAGUGGUCAGUUCAUCCAAUACAGCAAUGAGCACUGUUGCUCUGGUAGCUGCUCAAUAUCAUUAACUUUUCAUUUCUUUAAAUAUGUUUUUCCCUUAACAAAUUCCUCUCUUUAUGAGACUACCAUUAUUCCCAAAGGAUUUCACUGUUUGGUGCUUAAGGCAAUUUCUUAUUAAAUUCUCAAGAAUGCAACUUACAUUAAGCUGAGGCAAAAGAGUUGGAGCGAAUUCAGUAACUAGUUCAAGGCACAGUUUUCUGAUCUUCCCACUUACAAAAAUGAAUAUAUUUUAAUAUUAGAAUUCCAGAAUAUAACAAUAUUAACAUGAAGAGAGCUCAUCAUGAAGAAUGCUAUUUUAGUGAAUGCCAAAGAACUUGUUUCUUAGUGGUCUCCUAAAAUAUUCUUGCGGAUUAUGAAGAGUGUGCAGUAUGGCAAGGGCAGCCAUGACAAUCCUAUAUAUGGAAAUGAAAUGUAUAGUAUAUUCAAAUAAUCGUUUUCAAAAAUAAAUUACAUAUAAAUUUUUACUCUAGAUAGUUAUGUGGCCCAUGCUAUAUUGUAGUAAAUGAACCCGUAAAACUGAGUUCAUUAGACUGGAACUAUCUACUAUAUUAAAUACCUAAAACAUUCUUAGUAUGAGUACGUUGAAUAUUACCUUUGAAAUGUUACAUAUGUAGGAUGUAUAAUUUUUUCCCAUUUUUAAAAUUUUGUAUAAUUUUUUAAUGACUAUAAAAUUACAACAGCCUUUAGGGUUUCUGAAGUUUCAUGACUGUCCUUAAUUCCUAUCAAAGAGCAGCAAAAUCUAGCCUGAGAAACUCCAGUUGGUUUACAAAGAAAAUUUGCUUUUCAUUUUAUGUGGCCCUGUUACAAUUAGUGUGAAAUACUGACACUUACAUUCCUGAGUGCAAUAAGAGCAGGAUGGAAUGGUUAUGGCAAAUAAUUGGACAGUCUCCAGAGAGGCUGUGAGAAAUACUAUUAGACCUCCAUCUGCUGGCUGGAAAUUCCAGGUUCAUAGGGUUUAAUGCUAGCUAAAAUAAAAGGCUUUGAUGAUUUCUACCACUCCUUUUCAGGCUUGUACCCACCCCAUCUACUUCCAAAAGGACUUGUGACAAUUUAUGGACUAAAACAUCUGCAUAAUUAAAUAUUUUAAGCUAGUGAUCACUAGAAAGGCUACAUUUUAUUAUUUCUAUUAAAUUUCUCAUUGCAUAUGUGUGCUCACAUAGUGAGCAAGGGUGAUAAGACUUGAAGAGGAAAAGUUUAUAUUAAUUUAUCUUGCAACAUAAAUUUUCCAAUUAUACAAUAUUAUGCAGUUCUAUUAGCGCACCAAUAUGGUUCUGUUUUAACUUAGUUCCAGAUCUGACAACCAAACCUAGUUUUCAAAGUAAGUCUUUUUUUCAAUAAAUUGAAUAUCCCAGUGCUUUAAAAAAUUCAGAUAAGGCUCAAAGCUUCCCUUUUAAAAAGAUCCUUUGACACUUUUCAUAAAAGGAGCUCUUUGCUUGUGGCUGGAUUUUAGGACUUCCACGAAUCCCUUGAACAUUCAAUGACUUGGCUUUAUGUAACUAUAUGUGUGUAUUUAUGAAAGAUCCAGAAGCUUGCUAAUGAGAAUUGCUAAAAUAAAUAUAUAUAUUAAAAUAUAAGAUUAUUUCUGCCAAACCAUUAUGUGAUACAAAGUCAUCCACUGGGAUGUAUUUACAUGUGUUACUGUAAUGGACAGUAAGACAAAAAGAAAUCCACUGAAGGACAUUCCUUCUUCUGUCUAGAGUUAUGGUAACCCAGAGAACACACCAAUCUCCUCAGGAAUACCGGUAUAAAUUUUUAAUACGUGAAAAAUAUCCACACUAUUCACCUGUGACUGCUUAUGAAAUUCCCAAAUGGUAAGGUUCUUACCAAAGCAAACCCCGAAGCAUCUAGCAUUUGAGCUAUUUCAUUCCAGAGAAAAAAAAUUAAAAAUUUUUUUAGAAAUAAGAGUAACUGUUAGUAAUACAUUAUGUCCAAGUCACUCCAGCACAGUGUAUUUCAAUCACUUCAGUAUUUUUAUCUCCCCAAAAAGUGUCAGAAAUGAGACAUGAAAAACUAUUAACUGAAUCAUUCACUCACUGAAUAGAUGUUGUUGUCAGUUUGUUCUUUGGAUGGAAAUAAUGAACAACUGAUUUAUUUAUAACUGGUAAUUAUGAUAAUACACCUUCAUUUUCCACCCUUUUCAGUAUAUUAUAGAUAUUUUAUAAUUGUCUUAUUUCAUACCAGAUCUAAAAUCAUAAGCUUCCAUAAAAAUUUCUUCUUUCCCAGGCUUUUCCAUAGUUUCCUUUGAUUUGGGGUGUAAUUAAAAUAUUUUAACUGA